UGCGGUACCAGGACGGCCUCUCUCUCGGUCUUCAGCAGGUACGUGUCUUCCGGCUCCUCUCUUCCUGUUUCUGCUAUCUUGCUGACGCAGGCUGCUGGUGCAAGUGGUCUUGAGCCUUGGGACUGGGCCUGAGAAGGGGGAAGUUAUUCACCACCCACCUGGCAGCUUCCAGGCCCAGGGGAAAGUCUUUCAAUAGCCACCAUCGGUGUCUAGGGAGCAGCAUGCAAAAAAUUACAAAAGUAGGAACGUUGCAAAUGCUUUCUCAUGGUGGAAUUGAUGGCGACAAGAAAAUUACGAAAGCAUCGAAGCACUUUUAAGGCUGAGUUUUAAUCCUAAGAAAUACAAACGGUAAAUAUAAAAUUCCAGUCAAUCAACAGGUGCUAGCCUCUAUUAUUGAAUGGUAAACAGUUGGAAAAAAGCUCAAAUUAACACAAAGUACUAACUAGGAGACUAAUAAAUAUUUCGUCUAGUCAGUGUGACAGAAAGGCCUCCAUAGACUUCUUUGCUCAUUGGGUAGGCUGAGAAACGGCUCAGAUUAUAUAUGAUUUAUUUGGUUACAAUUGAUCAUUUGGCCUAAAGACAACUGUCUUUUUAAAAAUGCAUUAUUUAUAUAGUUGGAGAUUCAAGAAAAGGAUAAGUGUAUAGACCUAAACAGAAUCUGAAUGCUUGUCUUUGGCUAAGUUGAAGUUAAUGAUCACAAUAACGAAACCACAUCAGGAAACACGGUGAGUUUAGGGCCAAAUUUUCAGUUGUAACUUGUAUCUCUCAAAUUGUUACAUUAUUCAACGGUACAUUUUCCACACACUCAAAUUUGUUCACUUGUAACUUGUAUUAAUUGAAAAUUCAUUCACUUUGGAAGGUGUUUUGAAAGAGGCUUGUUUAUAACAGUUGCUGGUACCCCCGGAAUUCAAAAUGAUGCCAACUGAAUGCCAUUUCAAAUAAAACCUUUUAUUUGUUUAUUUAUUUAUUUAUUUUUGGCAGCAGAAAAGAGCAAAGUCACACAGUAGCUCUUGAUUUAUGAAACGGUAUUUUCUAACUCUCAGACUCCCACCAUGUGUGUAGUUCGCUUGAAGGAACUAGGUUGGACACAUUUAACAAGAAAAUAAUUCUAUCUCCAUAUCUGCUUUUUAAUUUGAAAUCAUAUGGGCCUUUGAUUAUACUUUAUCUCCAUUUUCAUGCCUCCUAUGACCAGUUGAGAGAGUGGACACUGUGAACCAUACAUCAGCUUCUUCUGUUUGUAAAAUAUUGUUCAAUGACAAGUCAGACGGAUAGAAACCUCCAAAGCGUGGUUGUUAUUGUGGACAAAAUUUGUGGAAAUAUUUUACAUUGAACUGUGCAGUAAGCAUUUUUGCAGCCCCAGGUCACAUCCGGGAAUUAUACAAUUGGUUCCGCCAGAACCUGGUUGAAGUGCUGAGAAAGGAGAGGAUGUGACAGAUCAAAACCGAUGUGGACGAUGGGUGACUGAAGUGGCCGACAGGCAGGUAGAGGACAGAGAGAAAACCAUACAUGCCUUACAGGAGUUUCUGGCUUUAAAUGGAGUCCAUCCUUAUAAGUGGUGCAUUAAACAAAGAGUUUAUUGUAACGUGGGCCUGAUCCCUGGAGGAAAAGAAAAUUGAUUCUUUUUCACUGGAGGGAAGUUAACUCUUUCUGUCCUUUUGCAGCAGAGAAGGUGCUGAACACGUAUUUAGUGAUGAAUUUCCCUGGUUCUUUCCAAGGGGUCUUUAUGUCAGGAAUAGUAUUUAUUCAUAGUGCAUUUUCUAUGCAAUAGAGAGGCAAGAUUCCCUAGAGUCCCCCCAUUAUACUCCCUUCAUCCCAUCUAGCACAGGUAGACUGUGUAAAACCCAUAUUCUAAUAGUUACUAAGCUAUUAAAAUUGGCUACAAUACUUCUAUUUUUUUUGUUUUGCAUAGGAGUAACUCAAGAUGAGUUUGAUGUUGCAGUUUUAAAUUUCACUUUGACUUGAGCUGGGAAAUCCAUUGACCUAUUAUACCAAGGAUUAAAAAUGUUGAGAGCUGCAUGUUCUGCCUUGAUCUUUUCAAGACUGAAUUUGGAAGGAGAAAAAUUAUUUUGCCUAAGGACGUCUGUGAAAGUAUCAGGAAAAUACUGACAAGCCAGAGAGAAGGGUUCAGUUGUAGUAUGCUCCCUUUAAGAGGGAAACGAGAUUAGCAACUUUGGCAAAUUUUUGGGACUCUAUUCAGAAGGAAAGAGAAGAGCUGCCAGUGUCAAAAAAAAAAAAAAAAAAAAGGAUGAAUGUUAUGAGACAAAGGCAGAGGCAAUUUUACACCUUUCUGAAAGCUUACCUGGGAGUAGUUUUAGCUCCACUGAGGUUAAGAAAGAUGCAUUUUUUUUUUUCUUUUCUUUCAAGACUAAAGCUGGAGCUAGGGGGAAAUGGGUUUAAUGUGAAGUAGUGCCCCUGUCAGUUCUGUUUGUCCUGGGAAGUACACAAGGAAGAAAAGCCUCCGUGGAAGAGAGAGGAAGCGCCAGGUGCUGAAGGUUCUAACUGAAAACCCAAACCAAGAAAUAGCAACACAUCUAGAAUUCUUACUACUACAAAAUUCACCUGGAUCCCUAAGGGCACAGCAAAGAAUGAGCUAUUACGGCAGCAGCUAUCAUAUUGUCAAUGUGGACGCAAAAUACCCAGGCUACCCACCAGAGCACAUUAUAGCUGAGAAGAGAAGAGCAAGAAGACGCUUGCUUCACAAAGAUGGCAGCUGUAAUGUCUACUUCAAGCACAUUUUUGGAGAAUGGGGAAGCUAUGUGGUUGACAUCUUCACCACUCUUGUGGACACUAAGUGGCGCCAUAUGUUUUUGAUAUUUUCUUUAUCUUAUAUUCUCUCAUGGUUGAUAUUUGGCUCUGUCUUUUGGCUCAUAGCACUUCAUCAUGGCGAUCUGUUAAAUGAUCCAGACAUCACACCUUGUGUUGACAACGUCCAUUCUUUCACAGGGGCCUUUUUGUUCUCCCUUGAGACCCAGACCACCAUAGGAUAUGGUUAUCGCUGUGUUACUGAAGAAUGCUCUGUGGCCGUGCUCAUGGUGAUCCUCCAGUCCAUCUUAAGUUGCGUCAUAAAUACCUUUAUCAUUGGAGCUGCCUUGGCCAAAAUGGCAACUGCUCGAAAGAGAGCCCAAACCAUUCGUUUCAGCUACUUUGCACUUAUAGGCAUGAGAGAUGGGAAGCUUUGCCUCAUGUGGCGCAUUGGUGAUUUUCGGCCAAACCACGUGGUAGAAGGAACAGUUAGAGCCCAACUUCUCCGCUACACAGAAGACAGUGAAGGGAGGAUGACAAUGGCAUUUAAAGACCUCAAAUUAGUCAAUGACCAAAUCAUCCUGGUCACCCCAGUAACUAUUGUCCAUGAAAUUGACCAUGAGAGCCCUCUGUAUGCCCUUGACCGCAAAGCAGUAGCCAAAGAUAACUUUGAGAUUUUGGUGACAUUUAUCUAUACUGGUGAUUCCACUGGAACAUCCCACCAAUCUAGAAGCUCCUAUGUUCCCCGAGAAAUUCUCUGGGGCCAUAGGUUUAAUGAUGUCUUGGAAGUUAAGAGGAAGUAUUACAAAGUGAACUGCUUACAGUUUGAAGGAAGUGUGGAAGUAUAUGCCCCCUUUUGCAGUGCCAAGCAAUUGGACUGGAAAGACCAGCAGCUCCACAUAGAAAAGGCACCGCCAGUUCGAGGAUCCUGCGCAUCAGACACCAAGGCGAGACGAAGGUCAUUUAGUGCCAUUGCCAUUGUCAGCAGCUGUGAAAAUCCUGAGGAAACCACCACUUCUGCCGCACAUGAGUAUAGGGAAACACCUUAUCAGAAAGCUCUCCUGACUUUAAACAGAAUCUCUGUGGAAUCCCAAAUGUAGUCCUAAAUUGUGAUUAUGAGGGCUACCACUAAAUCAUUUUAUCUUCCAGCCAAUCACCGUAGGCAAGUUGUUGUAAACAUGGCUUUUUUGAAAGUGUUAUAGCUAUGUUUUGUGAUGAUGCUGGGUAAGUAGAGUAAGUUAAACUUGGUAAAAGAUAAUCUAAAAAUUCCAUAGUUCUCGAUUAUUAAAAUUUUUCUUGUUAGCCAAUUUUGUAUUAAGAAUGCUAUUAAUAAUUGAUUAAAAUGUAUCUUUUUUGUUAUCUUAUAUACUUGUAUCUUCAGUUGGAGGUGUAGUAUUCAAAUAUGGGGAUAUGAAGGCAGGAAGGAGGCUAGAAUAAAUAAAAAUGAAAAGACAAGUAAGACAGCAUAAAUAAUACAUUUUUACAUAUGUCAACAUUGAUAAUACAAUGAAGAUUUGCUAUAAAAAGUAUGAUAUCUAACCAAGAUAUGCAAAAGAUGCAUUCAGUAAGCUGUAAUGUUGAGAAAUGUAACUGUGAAAUCAGCUCACCAGUUCAAGUCACUUGGUUUGCCACUUGGAUGGUCUUCGUUUCAGUGAGCAUAGCUAGUGGCUGUCAGAAAUUGUCCACGCCACCAAUUCCACUGCCACUUGCCCAGGUAGUGAUCCAUGAGAGCUAGAAGCGAUUUUUUCUCUAACCGAUGAGGCCGAAGAAAAGUUAACAGUAUUUAGAGCAGCAUUUCUCUCUUAAAGUCUCUGGUUGACUCCAACAAAUGGAGACCAGAAAUAAGGCAACCGUAACCUUGCUAGGUUCUCUGAGAAGGAGAGGUUCUAUGUUCAUGUCCCACCUUCUUCCAGGACGUGACCAAAGGACAGGAUCAUAUAGAUGAGGUGAGGGGAUGGUUAGCAGCGAGAAACAUUCUCAGACCCUUGGAGAGAAACUGUUGCUAGCUUGCUAGUGUCGAAAGAUUGCAACUUUGGCUGCUACAUAAAGGAGAGAACCUUUUUGGGGGGAAGGUGGGGAGGGAGAUACUUAUUUGUGCCCAGAAGCAGUUAUGUAUGCUUCUAAUCUUGGUUACCGUACAAGACACAAAUGCCUCAAGUUGUGGAUUGCAAGAAACUCUUUUAUUGAACUUGGAACAACCAUUUAAAUGAAGGAUUUUGUGAGAUAGAAUUCAAUUAAAGUGAUUUUAAUGCACAGUAAGUGGAUAAUCUGAGUACAAUGAAAUUUCUUAAAUUUUAUAACACGAGAUAAAGUUGUAUACUCUACUUUCAUGUUAAAAGAUGUUAAUCAUGAUUACUUUAAGCCCACACCCAGUGGCCUAUGAGUAAAGAGUUACUUUAAAUUUUAUAAAUCAAAGAAAUAUUAGGUACAUUCAGAAUUCUAUGUGUUUUGUGUCUGUUUUACAUUGUUGCUCCACUGGCAAUAAGUAUGUGACACAGUUUUUAUUAUUUAUUUCAUUUAAAUACACACACACACAGACACACACACCCAGUUUUUGCUUUUUCUGGAAAAUCUUUCUUUCUCUGUCUCUCAAUUUAAAUUAAAACACACAAGUGAAUGAACGAAAUUACAUAGUCCAAGAUUAUAAAUAAAAGUAAAAUAUAUAGGUAUAGGUAGAUAGAGUGCCUUUCUGUUUCUUUUCUUUUUUUUUUUCUUUUUUUGUUUUUCUUUCCUUUCUUCCCUCCUCCCCCAUUCUUCCCUUUCUCCUUCCUUUUCCCUUGUGUUUUUUUUUUUGGCCUGGGAGUAAUAAAGUUACUUUUUAAAUGCACAUGUGCCAUCUUUUAUUCCUGUUGUUUUAUGGAUAAGAGAUUUGUUCAGGUCAAAAGUUGCAAAACUGUUCUGAAGCUUAAUAUCAGAGACCCAAGUACGAUGAUUUUUAGUCCUGCUUGAGGAAUGCACACUCCAUUUAAAAAAUUAUGCACACCGUAGAUUUGGAUUGUACAGCAGCAAUUACUUGGCUAAAUUAGAGUACUGCAAUCUUGUAAGUAGAAAACAGUCACCAUGACAAUAGACAAAAACACUUAAACAUUUUUUAGCUUGUUUUACCUUUGACCUACAUCUAGUUUCAUGUCACCUUGCUUUGCUUUGUUGAGUCCGCUACUGCUAAUGUUUGCCUUGUCAAUAUCAGAAUGGGGCAUCAAUGUCCCGUGAAAUACAUUUUGUUGUGCUCUGAGCCUCUAUCAUCAAAUGCUUAUACUCAGAAGAGAAUGUAAAAUCAGCAUUUCUAUGUGAUAUUUAUCUCUAAUUAUCUGUGUAAUAUUAUAACAUACUUGACAACCCCAGUGAGUUACUUAAUAAUAAAGAUCUUAA